AUGGCAUCUCCUCCUCAACAACAGGAUGAGGGGCAUGAGCAGAAGGCCCCCUCAUCUGCACCUUCCCAGCAGGAGGAACAAGUUCCUGAGGAGAAGGCCCCUUCAUUUGCACCUUCCCAACAGGAGGAAGUCCCUGAGCAGAAGGCCCCCUCAUCUGCACCUUCCCAGCAGGAGGAAGUCCCUGAGCAGAAGGCCCCCUCAUCCGCACCUUCACAGCAGCAGCAGGAAGUCCCUGACCAGGAGGCCACCUCAUCUGCACCUUCACAACAGGAGCAAGUCCCUGAGGAGAAGGCCCCCUCAUCUGCACCUUCCCAGCAGGAGGAGCUAGUCCCUGAGCAGAAGGCCCCCUCAUCUGCACCUUCCCAGCAGGAGGAAGUCCCUGAGGAGAAGGCCCCCUCAUCUGCACCUUCCCAGCAGGAGCAGCAAGUCCCUGAGGAGAAGGCCCCUUCAUCUGCACCGUCCCAACAGGAGGAAGUCCCUGAGGAGAAGGCCCCCUCAUCUGCACCUUCCCAGCAGGAGCAGGAAGUCCCUGACCAGAAGGCCCCCUCAUCUGCACCUUCCCAGCAGGAGCAGGAAGUCCCUGACCAGAAGGCCCCCUCAUCCGCACCUUCCCAGCAGGAGGAAGUCCCUGAGCAGAAGGCCCCCUCAUCUGCACCUUCCCAGCAGGAGGAGCUAGUCCCUGAGCAGAAGGCCCCCUCAUCUGCACCUUCCCAGCAGGAGCAGCAAGUCCCUGAGGAGAAGGCCCCCUCAUCCUCACCUUCCCAGCAGGAGGAAGUCCCUGAGCAGAAGGCCCCCUCAUCUGCACCUUCCCAGCAGGAGCAGCAAGUUCCUGAGGAGAAGGCCCCUUCAUUUGCACCUUCCCAACAGGAGGAAGUCCCUGACCAGAAGGCCCCCUCAUCCUCACCUUCCCAGCAGGAGGAAGUCCCUGAGCAGAAGGCCCCCUCAUCUGCACCUUCACAACAGGAGCAAGUCCCUGAGGAGAAGGCCCCCUCAUCUGCUCCUUCCCAGCAGGAGGAAGUCCCUGACCAGGAGGCCCCUUCAUCUGCACCUUCACCACAGGAGGAACAAGUCCCUGAGCAGAAGGCCCCCUCAUCUGCACCUUCUCAGCCGGAGGAGCUAGUCCCUGAGCAGAAGGCCCCCUCAUCUGCACCUUCCCAGCAGGAGCAGGAAGUCCCUGACCAGAAGGCCCCCUCAUCUGCACCUUUCCAAAAAGAGCAGCAAGUCCCUGAGGAGAAGGCCCCUUCAUCUGCACCUUCCCAACCUGAGCAGCAGGUCCCUGAGCAGAAGGCCCCCUCAUUUGCACCUUCCCAAAAAGAGCAGCAAGUCCCUGAGGAGAAGCCUCCCUCAUCUGCACCUUCCCAAAAAGAGCAGCAAGUCCCUGAGGAGAAGGCCCCCUCAUUUGCACCUUCUCAGCAGGAGCAGCAAGUCCAUGAGGAGAAGGCCCCUUCAUCUGCACCGUCCCAACAGGAGGAAGUCCCUGAGCAGAAGGCCCCCUCAUCUGCACCUUCCCAGCAGGAGCAGCAAGUCCCUGAGGAGAAGGCCCCCUCAUCCGCACCUUCCCAGCAGGAGGAAGUCCCUGAGCAGAAGGCCCCCUCAUCUGCACCUUCCCAGCAGGAGGAAGUCCCUGACCAGGAGGCCACCUCAUCUGCACCUUCACAACAGGAGGAGCUAGUCCCUGAGCAGAAGGCCCCCUCAUCUGCACCUUCCCAGCAGGAGCAGGAAGUCCCUGACCAGAAGGCCCCCUCAUCUGCACCUUUCCAAAAAGAGCAGCAAGUCCCUGAGGAGAAGCCUCCCUCAUCUGCACCUUCCCAAAAAGAGCAGCAAGUCCCUGAGGAGAAGGCCCCCUCAUUUGCACCUUCCCAAAAAGAGCAGCAAGUCCCUGAGGAGAAGCCUCCCUCAUCUGCACCUUCCCAAAAAGAGCAGCAAGUCCCUGAGGAGAAGGCCCCCUCAUUUGCACCUUCUCAGCAGGAGCAGCAAGUCCAUGAGGAGAAGGCCCCUUCAUCUGCACCGUCCCAACAGGAGGAAGUCCCUGAGCAGAAGGCCCCCUCAUCUGCACCUUCCCAGCAGGAGCAGCAAGUCCCUGAGGAGAAGGCCCCCUCAUCCGCACCUUCCCAGCAGGAGGAAGUCCCUGAGCAGAAGGCCCCCUCAUCUGCACCUUCACAGCAGGAGCAGGAAGUCCCUGACCAGAAGGCCCCCUCAUCUGCACCUUCCCCAAAAGAGCAGCAAGUCCCUGAGGAGAAGCCUCCCUCAUCUGCACCUUCCCAAAAAGAGCAGCAAGUCCCUGAGGAGAAGGCCCCCUCAUUUGCACCUUCUCAGCAGGAGGAAGUCCCUGAGGAGAAGGCCCCUUCAUCUGCACCUUCCCAGCAGGAGCAGCAAGUCCCUGAGGAGAAGGCCCCUUCAUCUGCACCGUCCCAUCAGGAGAAGCAAGUCCCUGAGGAGAAGGCCCCCUCAUCUGCACCUUCCCAGCAGGAGCAGCAAGUCCCUGAGGAGAAGGCCCCUUCAUCUGCACCUUCCCAACAGGAGCAGCAAGUCCCUGAGCAGAAGGCCCCCUCAUCUGCACCUUCCCAGCAGGAGCAGCAAGUCCCUGAGGAGAAGGCCCCUUCAUCUGCACCGUCCCAGCAGGAGGAGCAAGUCCCUGAGGAGAAGGCCCCCUCAUCUGCACCUUCCCAGCAGGAGCAGCAAGUCCCGGAGGAGAAGGCCCCUUCAUCUGCACCUUCCCAACCUGAGCAGCAGGUCCCUGAGCAGAAGGCCCCCUCAUCUGCACCUUCCCAGCAGGAGCAGGAAGUCUCUGACCAGGAGGCCACCUCAUCUGCACCUUCCCAACAGGAGCAAAUUCCUAACCAGAAGGCCACCUCAUCUGCACCUUCCCAGCAGGAGCAGCAAGUCCCUGAGGAGAAGGCCCCUUCAUCUGCACCGUCCCAGCAGGAGGAGCAAGUCCCUGAGGAGAAGGCCCCCUCAUCUGCACCUUCCCAGCAGGAGCAGCAAGUCCCGGAGGAGAAGGCCCCUUCAUCUGCACCUUCCCAACCUGAGCAGCAGGUCCCUGAGCAGAAGGCCCCCUCAUCUGCACCUUCCCAGCAGGAGCAGGAAGUCUCUGACCAGGAGGCCACCUCAUCUGCACCUUCCCAACAGGAGCAAAUUCCUAACCAGAAGGCCACCUCAUCUGCACCUUCCCAACAGGAGGAAGUCCCUGGGCACAAAAGCACCUCAUCUGAUGAAGCAUUUGAUGAAAUUGAUUUUCCUUCGGAAGGUGAUCCUGAUUCUGAGGAGGAAACCGAUUAUGAUCACCUUGAUCACAUACUUCCUUUCCGUAUCCUAAGACAGUUCUUUUCUGGCCUCAGAGGUAGGUAUCUAUUUUUCCCUUGAUAUUGAGAUUAUACAGACAUUCUUACAUUCUACCCCCAAUGUCAGACACAUUAUUCCUUUGAAUACCUGUUGCUCUUAGUUGGAGGAGGUGAGAUUAGUGAUGUCCAAAUCUCAUUACCCACUGUGAGAACAUGAUAAUGAACUAGAAGAGCCACUGGCCUGAUUUGGGAGGCUUAUUUAUUUAUUUAUUUAUUUAUUUAUUUAUUUUCUGUUUUAAUGGGUUCAUCCAUUUUCAGUCCAUGAUUUGUCCAGCCACAUAGGUCCAUGUUUGUAGACUGCCCUGAUGUCUGCAUCUCCUCCAGAGCCAUAUUGCUGUUUUUGGUUCUUUGGAUCAAACAUCAGUUUCAAAUCCUGCAAUGAAGCUUUCAAUGGACAUGGACAGUUUUCUUUGAUCUUCUGUGGCCUGUGAGCAGUCUGGAAUCAUUUCCAGUCCCCGUUAGGAGACGCCAGGGAUUGGACAUGCCAGUAUCUGCAUGCAAAUAAUGUCUUCCAUUCUCCCCUUUUCCUCACUUCAUUUGUGUGUGUGUGGUUGUUUGUUUGUUUGCUUGUUUUUUUUAAAAAAUCACCAUUGUUGACAUAAGACAUUCCAGCACCAUGCACUAUAGUUUAUCAUAGAAUCAUAGAAUUGUAGAGUUGGAAGGGACCCUCACGGGUUAUCUAGUCCAACCCUCUGCAAUGCAGGAAUCCCAAGUAACGCAUCCAUGACAGAUGGCCAGUCAACCUUUGCUUGAAAACCUCCAAGAAGAGUCCACAACUUCCCAAAGGAGACCGUUUCACUCUUGAACAGCUCUUACUGUCAGAAAGUUUUUCCUGAUGUUUAGUUGGAAUCUCCUUCCUUUUAACUUGAAGCCAUUUGUUUUAAUCAUAACUGCUUUGCCCCCCGGAGCAGGAGGAAACAAGCACUCUUCUUCCAUGUGACAGCCCUUGACUUAUUUGAAGGUGGUUAUCAUAUCUUCUCUCAGUCCCCUCUUUUCCAGGUUAAACAUCUGUAGCUCCUUCACCCGCUCCUCAUAAGGCUUGGUUUCCAGACACUUGAUCAUCUUGGCUGCCCUCUUCUGCACACGUUCCAGCUUGUCAACAUCCUUCUUAAAUUGUGGUGCCUGGCAUUGGACACAGUAUUCCAGGUGUGGUCUGAACAAGACAGAAUAGAGCGGUACUAUUACUUCCCUUGAUCUGGGCACUAUAAAGUGGUACCUCGGGUUAAGAACUUAAUUUGUUCUGGAGGUCCGUUCUUAACCUGAAACUGUUCUUAACCUGAAGCACCACUUUAGCUAAUGGGGCCUCCCACUGCUGCUGUGCGAUUUCUGUUCUCAUCCUGAAGCAAAGUUCUUAACCCGAAGUACCAUUUCUGGGUUAGUGGAGUCUGUAACCUGAAGCAUCUGUAACCUGAGGUACCACUGUACUUCUGUUGAUACAGCGUAGAGUAGUGUUAGCUCUUUUUUUGCUGUUGCAAAAAAUGUGAAGACCACUAGAUCCUUUGCACAUGUACUGCUAAUAAGCCAGGUGUCCCCCAUCUUAUAUUUGUACAUCUGGUUGCUCUUCUUCUUCUUCUUCUUCUUCUUCUUCUUCUUCUUCUUCUUCUUCUUCUUCUUCUUCUUCUUCUUCUUCCUCUUCUUUUUCUUCUUCCUUGUCCUUGUAGGAUAAGUUCCCAAUCAUGACAGAGUUAUGUGUCUCUUUCAUUCAGGGGCCCUGCACUGCCGAAAGCUGGGAGGUGUCUGCCGACCAAAAAGAGCAAAAUGCAGGACGACUCUACAGAUUCAGAUCCCGUGUGGUCCUGGCAGGAAAUGUUGCUCCCUUUGGUGAACUGA